AUGGCCACUACUGUCGACAAAGCUACUAUAUUUGCAGCUCUAUUACCACCUGUGGACUCAACUACCACAAAGAAGAAGUCAUUGUCCAAGAAAAAGUCUGCCACCAUGACAACGACUACCGACUUUAUUCCCCAGCAGAAGAUUGACACGACAGCAAAUACCAGUUUGGAUGUGGUGCCAACAUCACCUUUUAUGUUCUCUGAUGCACAGGGGUCUGAAGGAGAUUUGAAGGAGGCUUUGAUGCGAUUUUGGAGGCACACGUAUCGCUUGGGUGAGGAUGGCCAUUUCGAGGCAUCGAGGGAGAUGGAGCAGACCGGUAUGGAGGCUGCUGAUGACACAUUUCAAUGUGGAAAGGAGGCUGGUCUUGAGGGGCGAAGGGCUGGAUAUUGCAAUGGUUUAGAUGAGGGAAGGCUUGAAGCAGAGGAAGGGGUGCUGGAGCUUUUUUUGAAGGAUGUUCAGCAGAAAAGAUGA